ACCUACCCAUCCCACCCUACCUAACCUUCCGUUUGUUUCUUGGUCGCUAGAAAUUUUUUCUUCUGCCCACCUAAAACUGGUUUGUCUUUGUUCUUUAUAUCUCUUCAUUCCAAUUCCGCUGAUUUUGUAUUCUAGGUUCUGGGUUUUUUGCAUGCAUUUGUUAAGCUCUGUUUUUGGGAAAUUUAUGUGCACAUUUUCUGUUUCCUUCUCUUGAUCGGUUUCUUGCUUGAAAACAGUCGGAAACAUCAAUCAGCUCAUUCAAAUGGCUCAAGAGGUUGUGAACCCAGAUGAGCAGGUUGUUCUUGGAGAAGAGAUAGACCGUGUAAGGCUGCUCACGUUGAACCGGCCUCGUCAAUUGAAUGUUAUCUCAUCGAAAGUGGUAUCUCUGCUGGCAGAUUUUCUGGAGAAAUGGGAGAAAGACGAUAAUGUACACCUUAUACUGAUCAAGGCUAGUUCUUUAUCCUUCUUUGCAACUAGUAGUUUCAUAUCUAUUUGUGCGAUUAGCUUCAGCAAGAAGUUUUUUGAGAAUGCCAGUUUGUGUCACCUUCAGGGUGCUGGACGUGCAUUUUCUGCUGGUGGGGAUCUGAAAAUGUUCUACGAUGGCAGGACUUCAGAGGAUUCUUGCCUUGAAGUGGUCUAUAGAAUGUACUGGCUUUGUUAUCAUAUCCAUUCAUAUAAGAAAACGCAGGUGGCUCUUGUCCAUGGGAUUUCCAUGGGUGGAGGUGCAUCCUUCAUGGUCCCAAUGAAGUUCUCUGUGGUGACCGAGAAAACGGUAUUUGCAACUCCAGAAGCGAGUAUUGGAUUUCACACUGAUUGUGGGUUCUCCUACAUGCUUUCACGCCUCCCUGGGUACCUAGGAGAGUUCUUGGCCUUGACUGGAUCAAGGCUUAAUGGGAAGGAACUAGUGACGGUUGGCAUGGCGACCCAUUUCGUCCCAUCAGAGAAAUUGCCUGAACUGGAGAAGCAUCUGAUCAACUUGAACUCCGGUGGUAUAGAUGCUGUCAACUCAGUCAUUGAGGAAUUCUCAGAGGACAUCCAGCUUGGCGAAGAUAGUUUAUUAAGCAAGCAGUCAGUGCUGGAUGAAUGCUUUUCAAAGGAGACGAUAGUUGAUAUCAUCAAAUCAUUAGAAGCAGAGGCAAGCAAGGAAGGAAAUGGAUGGAUAGUUCCAAUUCUCAAAGGAUUGAAAAGAUCAUCCCCCACAGGACUUAAGGUGCGCGAAGGAAGGAAGCAAGCAUUAGGUGAAUGUCUCAAGAAAGAGUUCAGAUUGACAAUGAACAUAUUGAGAACGAAAAUCUCUGGUGAUGUCUAUGAGGGUAUAAGGGCUUUGACUGUCGACAAGGAUAAUGCUCCCAAGUGGGAUCCACCGACUUGUGAAGAAGUUGAUGAUUCCAAGGUGGAUGAUGUGUUCCGCCCAUUUGCAAUGGACUUAGAGCUCCAAAUUCCGGAGAAGGAAGAAAACAGGUGGAAUGGCAAGUAUGAGAACUCGGUGUAUGCGACUUCAAGAGCCACAGGCACGACGAACUGAAGUGAGUCAGUCCGACAGUUGAUAUCUUAUUACUGAUUAGUUCUUCGCUAUUAAACUAAGAAGGAUCAAUGGCAGCCACUUAGAGGAGUGAUGCUUGGAAUUCUUUUUCUGAGUCCCUCUAUUGUGGUACUGUAAACCUCUUCUAAACUUUAGCAUCUUGUUUCUACUAUGGCUCAACCAUAUGUAUGAAUUUUAUACUUCGACAUAGUGAAGUCGAGCAGCGACUCCGGCACGAGCGCAGCUUAAUACCCUCUGAUUGAGACCCUCUACGGUUAUGAUUAUGAUCUAGUUAAGCCCAUGUCAAAGACUUCAGUUGGUCGUGAUUUCCCACUUCUUCAAUUACUAUCUUAUGAGAUUUCCAACUAAUAUUCAAAUGGCAAAACAAUUUACAUAUAUCAAGACUUGAAAUAUAAUUGUUU